GCCUAGUUACGGCCCGUCUCACACUGCGAUCCAUGCCUGCGCAGCUGCGCUUUGAGUGGCGAGGCCGAAGCCGAACCACCCUUGUCCAACAAGAGCUAUGAGGCGGACGACGGCGUUGCUGUCGCGCCACGGCGGCGCUGGCGGCCGAUGCAUCCCGCAGGCACUCGCCGACGUGCUCGUCUGCCCCCUGUCCAAGAAGCCUCUCAGGUACUGCGAGGCCAGCGGGUCCCUGGUCAGCGAUGCCGUCGGCGUGUCCUUCCCGGUUGUUGAUGGGAUUCCGUCUCUUGUACCAAAAGAUGGAAAGUUGCUCGAGGGCCACCAGGAGAGAUCAGAACAAGAGUCCAGCUCUAGGAACUCUUCUGGUUGAAUUUGCAUCGUCGCAACAGUGAUAAAAUCACUCUGUAGUAUGAAGAAAUCGUCGAUAAUAAAAUCAGAGCUAUUCUCUCUUCAAAUUGGUGCUUGUUGUAGCAAAUAAUUGCCCUGUUGAUGUGCACCGUCUUUCUUUUUCCUUAUCCAAUGGAAUGAGGUGGUUGCAUCA